UCUGCGGUCACAUUGCUCCCCCACCAAAAGACGCCGCCUCCCGGUUUUUGUUUUAUUUUCUUUUUAAUAAAAUUGUUAUCAAAUUAACAAUACAAGAUGGGUCGACGCUCCAUUAACACCACAAAGAGUGGAAAAUAUAUGAACCCCACAGACCAAGCACGCAAGGAGGCACGCAAAAAAGAGCUGAAAAAGAACAAGAAACAGCGACAAAUGGUACGGGCAGCGGUCCUCAAGAACAAAGAUCCAUCCCAGAUACUCGAGGAGAUGGAAAAGAUCGAUGAGAUGGAAUACAAUGUGUUGCAGCCGUCGCCACUGAAUGAGAAAGUGUUGCGGGACAAGCGCAAGAAGCUAAAGGAGACCUUCGAUCGUGUGAUGCGGCUCUAUCACAAUGACGAGCCGGAGCACUGGGCAGAGCUGAAGCGCAAGGAGGUGGAGUACGAGAAGAAGCGCAUCAAAAAGCAACAAUACUACGAGAGUGUCAAGCACGCCCAGAGUGUACAAAUUGAUGAGAUUCCCCUGCCUGCGCCUGUUACACCGGCCGCACCGGGUCCCACACCAAGUGUAGCGCCCGUUGGCCCUGGCUUUGGUGUGGGCGUGGGCAUGCGUGUGCCACCGCCGCCCAUUGCACUGGCUCUGCCACCCUACGCACCGGGCGCACCGCCGGGAGUGCCCAAGAACAGCGAUGCCGUGCCCAUUGAGGUGCAGCCAGAGAAGCCAAUAGAUGAGGAAGAUAUGGAUUGGCUGGGCGUGCCGCCGGGGCCACCGCCCGAUCUGUUUGCCAUGUCCGAACUGGACUCGGAUGCCGAGGGCAAUACCGACCAUGACGGGGAAGGCGAUGAAAUCGAGGACGAGGACAAGGAGGAGGCAUCAGAGCCAAUCGCCCAAAACAUUGACGACUUCAUGAAGGAAAUGGAACAUGUGCACAAGCGCAAGCAUCGCAAGCUCGUGGCCAAGGCGGAUGACAGUGCAGACGGUGGCUCUGCUGACGAGGAUGACGAUGAACCGCACGCGAUGUCGGUGCGCAGCCACGAGGACAGUGACUCGGACAAUAAAUCGAACCUCAGCAGCGACAGCGACGAUGAGCCCGAUGAUGAUGACGACGACGAUGACGAGGAUGAGGAUAUGGGCGAGCAGCCGACCAAAAUGGAACCGAUCAAACCCCCCAAUGUGCCUGCCAUAACGACGCCCGCGCCACCAAAAGCUCCCACACUGCCACCACUUCCGCUGCCGCCAUCGUCCUCGGUGCCGGCGCCACCACAGGUGCCACAGCUGCCGCCCAUUCACAAUAUUGGGCCGCCGGCUAUAAUGUACCGUCCGCCGCCCAUGCGUCCGCCAAAUCCACACGCUGGUCCUGGCUUUGGGCUGCGCAUGCCACCAGGUCCACCACCCGGUUCGCGGCCACCACAUGCACUUGGUCCCAUGCCACGCAUGGGCAUACGCAUGCCGCCAGGCCCGCCGCCCGGUCUGCCGCCACGCAUGGCGCAUCACAACAAGCAAGGCGGUCCGCCAGCACCACCGCCGCCAAAGGAAUCGGCCAAGGGUGUGACCACCAUCACCGCCAAGCCACAAAUUCGCAAUCUAAGUGCGGACGUAACGCGCUUUGUGCCCUCCACGUUGCGCGUGAAACGAGACGAUCAGCGUCGCGUGACGCGACCAAAGCACACGGGCGCAGGUGACACGGGACAUGCACCGUCCGAGUCUCACAGCAAGCCGCCCACCAAAGACGAUGCCUACAUGCAGUUUAUGAAUGAAAUGCAGGGUCUGCUGUAGCACUCCCCGCAGCAGUGGGGUUGUGGGUGUGUGGCUGUAAAUUAAAUAAUUUUAGUCUU